CUGGUAUAUAUUCCACUCUAAAUGUUCCUUGACUCCUGUCUCCACGUGGUUUGAGCGUGUCUCCAUGCUGGCUAUUCUUCUGAACUGUGUGACGUUAGGAAUGUUCCAGCCCUGCGACGACGUUCACUGUCUCAACAACCGCUGCUCUUUCCUACAGGCUCUGGAUGACGGUAUCUUUGUGUUCUUUGCGGUGGAGAUGCUGGUGAAGAUGGUGGCUCUGGGUGUUCUAGGUCAGAAGGGUUACCUUGGCGACACCUGGAACAGACUGGACUUCUUCAUCGUUAUCAUCGGGAUGUUGGAGUAUUCUCUAGACGGACACAACGUCAGCCUAUCAGCCAUCAGGACUGUCAGGGUGCUCCGCCCACUACGAGCCAUCAACAGAGUACCCAGUAUGCGUAUCCUGGUGACUCUGCUCCUAGACACUCUCCCCAUGCUGGGGAAUGUUCUGGCACUCUGUUUCUUCGUCUUCUUCAUCUUCGGCAUCGUGGGCGUGCAGCUGUGGGCGGGGCUACUGAGGAACAGGUGCUUCAUGGGAGAAGACUUCAAAACGAUAUACAACGUCUCCUUCCUGACUGGGUACUAUCGUCCCGAGGAGACGGAGGACAUCCCUUUUAUCUGCUCAACCAAUCGGGAGAACGGAAUGCUGCGGUGUUCCGACGUUCCGCGCCGCCGUGUGGACGGGUCCUGGUGCAUGCUGGGGGCAGAAGGGGUCGGGGAGGGGCCUGGGGCAGAUGGACCAAUAGGAGGCGGGUGUGUGAACUGGUACCAGUAUUAUAAUGUCUGUCGCGCUGGGGAGCGAAACCCUCAUAAAGGAGCCAUCAACUUUGACAACAUCGGAUACGCCUGGAUCGCUAUCUUUCAGGUGAUAACUCUGGAAGGCUGGGUGGACAUCAUGUACUAUGUAAUGGAUGCUCACUCCUUCUACAACUUCAUCUACUUUAUAUUCCUCAUCAUCGUGGGCUCGUUCUUCAUGCUGAACCUGUGCCUGGUCGUCAUAGCGACCCAGUUCUCAGAGACGAAGCAGCGAGACGCCCUGAUGAGGUCGGAGCAGCGCGCCCGUUACCUCAGCAACGCCUCCACUCUGGCUUCCUAUCAGGAGCCGGGGUCCUGCUACGAGGAGAUACUGCGCUACAUCGGACACCUGUACCGUAAACUGACCCGCAGAGUCGCCCGGGCCGUCACACACUGCUCUACGCACACACCUCCUUGUACUUGUUGGACACACUCACACCAACACACACCCAAAGGAGAGGUGAACGGACUGGCCAAUCGGCACUCGGGACGUGGCGUCUUCCACCUUCGUCCUCCUCCUCUUCCUCGUCCGCCUAACUGCGUGGGGGUGGAGAUGAGUAACGGGGGAGUAGGCAGGGAGUUAAACUACCCCUCUAUCUACCCCCACGACCUCUACGACCUGACCCCCGACCCCAGCUACAUGACCUCCAGGGGGAGGGGCCACACCGUCACACUGGUGUUAGAGCCCAAUAAGACGGCAGAGCACAGGGAGGCGUUGCCAUGCCCCUACUGCGUCCACGACGACCAGCUUUGUGACAACGACCAUGCCGAUUUUGAACCUAGCAACCGGCGCCAUGGCAACCUGAGCCCUCGCCGCGGUAACAGCCUUCGGCGUGUCGACGGACAGGCCUUGAGGCCGAUCAGAGACCUAGUUGGGUGGUGGGCGGAGCUACAGGCCAGGUUGGAGCAUGUGGUGAGCAGUAGGUACUUCAACAGAGGGAUCAUGAUCUCCAUCCUCAUCAACACUCUCAGUAUGGGGAUAGAGUUCCACCAACAGCCCCAGGAGCUGACUGACAUCCUAGAGAUCAGUAAUCUAGUGUUCACCAGUCUCUUCAGUCUGGAGAUGCUGCUGAAGCUGCUGGCCUUCGGACUCUUCGGCUAUAUCAAGAACCCGUACAACGGCUUUGACAGCGUCAUCGUCAUCAUCAGUGUAUGGGAGAUCGUUGGGCAGGCGGACGGCGGUCUGUCAGUCCUGCGUACGUUCCGUCUGCUGCGGGUCCUGAAGCUGGUCCGGUUCCUGCCCGCCCUGCGCAGACAGCUGGUGGUUCUGAUGAAGACUAUGGACAACGUAGCCACCUUCUGCAUGCUGCUCAUGCUCUUCAUCUUCAUAUUCAGUAUCCUAGGCAUGCAUCUGUUUGGCUGUAAGUUUGGUCUGAAGCUGGACAGUGGAGACACGCUACCUGACAGGAAGAACUUUGACUCGCUGCUCUGGGCUAUCGUCACUGUGUUCCAGAUCCUGACUCAGGAGGACUGGAAUCUGGUCCUGUAUAACGGCAUGGCCUCUACCUCUCCUCUCGCUGCUCUCUACUUUGUGGCUCUGAUGACCUUUGGGAACUACGUCCUCUUCAACCUGCUGGUGGCCAUCUUGGUGGAGGGCUUUCAGGCGGAGGGUGAUGCUAACAGGUCAGAGUCCGACGAUGAGAAACUGUCGACCUUAGAAGAGGAGGAGAAGAUGAAGGAGCUGUAUUCAGCAGAGUUGAAGCUCCAGGCGAUGAUGUUGACUCCUAAUGGCCUUCUGAAUCCCCGAGCCUCCAUGCCCCUCCCACCCACACAGUCACCGUGGCAACAACCGCCGCCACCAUCCCCACGGCAACGCCCGCCUCUCAUCCUGCACACAUUGGCCACGCCCACAACUUGCGACAGCCAAUCACGACGGGGCAGCGCCGUCUCUACGGACACAAGCAACACCCUGGACCCCAGGUCGCCGUCUCCAUGGGACAGCCGGCGCGCCAGCUGGUCUUCUAUUGGCCGAGGUCCCAGCCUACAGCAGCGGAGGAGCCAAUCUAGUGAGAGAGAUUCUCUGCUGUCAGAAGGCAGGGAGGAGUCUUUCGACCUCCUGGACCAAUCAGAGUAUCUGACCGUGCCGAUGCUCCGCCCACCUGGCUGUAACGGGAAGGCCCUUCACCUCCCUGACGCCGGGACCCUACGUUACUAUAGCGACCACGAGGAGGAGGAGGAGGACGCUGAGGAGAGUGUGUGUUUGCGGGUGAAGCUGGUCCUGGAGCCCUAUAAGCCCCAGUGGUGUAGAGAUCAUGAGGACUGGGCUCUCUACCUGUUCUCCCCAUGUAACAGGUUUCGUCAGUGGUGUCAGAGAGUGAUAACUCACAAGAUGUUUGAUCACAUAAUCCUCCUUUUCAUCUUCCUCAACUGCAUCACCAUCGCUCUGGAGAGACCAGACAUACAGACACACAGUACAGAGAGAGUGUUCCUCAGUGUGUCCAACCAUAUCUUCACUGUGAUCUUCAUAGCAGAGAUGACCGUUAAGGUGGUAGCCCAGGGUCUGUACUCAGGGGAAGCAGUCUAUCUGAAGAGCAGCUGGAAUGUUCUGGAUGGACUGUUGGUGUUUGUAUCUCUGCUGGACAUUCUGGUUUCCAUAGCAUCCGCCGGCGGUAACCGUAUCCUAGGAAUCCUCAGAGUGCUGCGACUCCUGCGUACCCUUCGACCCCUCAGGUGUGUGAUGUGAUCCCCAGGGCUGAAGCUGGUAGUAGAGACUCUGAUCACAUCUCUGAGACCCAUCGGAAACAUCGUCCUCAUCUGCUGCGGCUUCUUCAUCGUGUUUGGAAUACUGGGAGUACAGCUUUUUAAGGGUAAGUUCUUCCACUGUGAGGGGGCGGACGUGAGGAACGUGACCAAUAGGACUGACUGUCUCCGUGCCGGCUACCGGUGGACACGACGCAAAUACAACUUCGAUAACCUGGGACAGGCGUUGAUGUCUCUGUUUGUCCUGUCCUCUAAAGACGGGUGGGUCAGCAUCAUGUAUGACGGACUGGACGGUGGGGUAGACCAGCAGCCGGUGAGGAACCACAACCCGUGGAUGCUCCUGUUCUUCAUCUCCUUCCUCCUCAUCGUCAGUUUCUUCGUCCUCAACAUGUUCGUGGGCGUCGUCGUGGAGAACUUCCACAAGUGUCGUCAGGACCAGGAGGAAGAGGAGGCCAAGGCCCGGGAGGAGAAGAGAGCCAAGAGAGCAGAGAAGAGGAGGAGGAAGGCCCAGGAGAGGCCCUACUAUGCAGACUACUCCCCGGUGCGUCUCACCAUCCACACGUUGUGCACCAGCCACUACCUGGACCUCUUCAUCACCGUCAUCAUCGCUACCAACGUCCUCACCAUGAGCAUGGAGCACUACAACCAGCCGCAGUAUCUGGAGGAGGGGUUGAAGUAUUGUAACUACGUCUUCACUCUGGUGUUUGUUAUCGAGACGGUCCUCAAACUCAUCGCCUUCGGGCUGAGACGGUUCUUCAAGGAGAGGUGGAACCAGCUGGACCUGGCCAUCGUUUUGUUGUCCGUCAUGGGCAUCACUGAGGAGAUUGACCUCAACGCGUCCCUGCCCAUCAACCCCACCAUCAUACGCAUCAUGAGAGUACUGAGGAUCGCUAGAGUAAUACUGUUGAAGAUGGCAACAGGGAUGAGGGCUCUACUAGACACUGUGGUUCAGGCCCUGCCUCAGGUGGGGAAUCUGGGUCUCCUCUUCAUGUUGCUGUUCUUCAUCUAUGCAGCACUGGGAGUGGAGCUGUUUGGGAAACUGGGUCAGUCACAGUGCUGUGAGUGUAAUCAGUCGACCAAUCACGCCACGUUCCAGAACUUUGGCAUGGCGUUCCUCACCUAUGUCAGACCGGUUUCCACCGGUGACAACUGGAAUGGAAUUAUGAAGGACACGCUGCGGGACUGUCGUCCAGAGGACCGUUCCUGUCUGUCCUACCUCCCUCUGGUUUCUCCGGUCUACUUCGUGACCUUCGUCCUGACGGCCCAGUUCGUGCUGGUCAACGUGGUGGUGGCGGUGUUGAUGAAACACCUCGAGGAGAGCAACAAGGAGGCACAGGAGGAGGCAGAGGAGGAGGCCAAGGAGGAGGAGGCGCGUCAGGAGGAGGCCAGGCAACAGGAGGCCAGGCAAGAGGAGGCGCGACAGGAGGCCAUUUGUCCCUUUAGCAACGCCACAGUGUGCGGCGUGGAAUCAUCUAGACAGGUUGUGGAAGAAGAGCGUUGUCGUGGUAGCCUGCUGAUGGCGGGCCGGCCGUCUCUGUCUCGUAUGAUGUCUCUGCCUAGCGACAGCUACAUGCUCCGCCCCCUACAGCCUCUCGGACACACCCGCUACCCUCCCAUUGGCCACGACACCUACAAGGGAUGCGGUUUCUCAGGUUCUGUCUACUCCAUGGGUUCUAGCGGAGCAGGAUCCCUACUGCAGGUCCCGGGGGCGUUACCGUCUGGAAGCCACGCAUCCCUCAGCUCCAGGGGCUCCAGCUGCAGACCCACAGUCAGGCUCAGCCCCUCCCACAGCGUAGACAGACACUCCCUCUCCAUGGCGAGACACACCCCCAGGAGGCCUGGCCACGUUGACAGCAGACGGGCCUCUUAUAUACACAGCCCAUCCCACAGUAUGGACACACAUCGUUACAGACUCAGCCCUGCUCAGAGCAUCGACAGAGACUCCUCCCGUUACCUCGAUAGACACGCCCCUUAUAUCCACAGCCCCUCCCACAGCAUGGACAGUAGACACACCCCUUAUAUCCACAGCCCCUCCCACAGCAUGGACAGUAGACACGCCCCUUAUGUCAGUAGCCCCGCAAACAGCAUCAAUAGACACACCUCUUAUAUGAGUAGCCCAUCCCACAGCAUGGACAGACAGCCGGGACCCAGCUCCUCCCUCGGUGUGAGAAGACAGCUGAGGAGACAGGAGGCGGUGCGUUGUGACUCUGAGGACCUGAGCUGCAGUUCCACCGACGAUCUGCGGGGAGGGAGCUCUGUCGACGGCACCCACCUCACCGUACCCAGCAUGCACCUCUCACCGCUACCCAGCCUGCCCCCUGGUGGUAACACACACCUGGACGUACACCACCCCUCCUCGCCGUCCCGCGCCCCCCGAGGACGCACCUCCAGCCACACACACACCGUACACACACUGCGUCACACACACAGUCAGAGGGUUAUAUCUACCAGAGGACACAGUAGGAGCCACAGUGAUAGCAGGCCCCAGCGGCCCCCCAGCCCUCAGAUCUCCACCCCUCAGACGACAGACAACCCACAGACACCCCAGAGGCCUGAGAUACCCCAGACCCCAGGUCCCAGCCUCACCCUCGCUCUCUGCUCUGGAGGUCCCAGCCUGUCCCUCUCCUCCCCCUCCACACCCUCAACCCCCAGCCUCAACCUCACCCUCUCUACUCCCUCCACUCCCCAGAGCCCUCAGACCAGCUUUGACCCAAAGCAGAGUCCCAGUUCCAGCCCUGCCUUCAGCCGUGAUCCAUUUCCCCUGAGCCUCGGUUCCAGUCGUAGCCGUCUCCCCACUUCCUUUCCAGAUGAGACUGAUGAUGAAGUCUGUCGCAUCACACACCACGCGUCCAGCCCCUCACACACACCUGAACACACACACCACGCGUCCAGCCCCUCACACACACCUGAACACACACACCACGCGUCCAGCCCCCCACACACACCUGAACACACACACCACGCGUCCAGCCCCUCACACACACCUGAACACACACACCACGCGUCCAGCCCCUCACACACACCUGAACACACACACCACGCGUCCAGCCCCCCACACACACCUGAACACACACACCACGCGUCCAGCCCCUCACACACACCUGAACACACACACCACGCGUCCAGCCCCCCACACACACCCUGCUCUCCCCACACCUCCCUCCACGCCUGCCUCUCAUUUGAAGAGGACCAGAGGAACCGGUGUCUCAGCAGCCAAUCGGCGUCUCCCGUUCGAGAGUGGACCAGGAAGCAGAGGAUGAGCCCGCCCUGCAUCUCCGUAGCCCCACCUGCUGAAGCCCAGGUUUCCACGGUGACCCAGUCGACGGACAGCAGCAUGCAUCUGAGGAGGCGGACCCUGUCGGUUGACUCCGCCUCUCAGAGAGACUCAUUGGACACGAACCCAGCGGAGACACGCCUUUCUGUUCCCUUUCUCCAAUUGGACUCCAGCUUUAUAAGCCUCACGGUGGAUUCUGACCAAUCAGGAUGUGCGUUAUUGACGGACAACGAACCCGUCGAGGGGAGGGGGAGAGAAGGGGAGGAGCUCGGAACUCUCAGUCUCUGCUGGGAUUGGUUCCCAACCCUCUCAGAAGGAGGAGCUUAGUGCGCAUGCUCAGCACACGGGAAGGAGAGGAGGAGACUCAACCCUGACCUCUGAACUCUAAGAAAUAGUUUCCUUUCUCCAACCCUCCUCCUAGAGAGACUCUGGUGAGGCAGCAGGGUUUUAGUCCAGCCCUGUUGGAACAGGUCUGAUUCAGCCAAUCAGCUGUUGAUAAGGACAACCAUGACCUUUGACCCCUAACCCCCCCCCCCCACCCCCCAGAAAGACUGCUGUGCUGUAGCCCCUCCCCCCUGAGGAGCCGUAGCCCCUCCCCCCUGAUGUCAGAGUGUGACAUCAUGGUACGGAAUGAUAUGCAAUUGGACCCCCCGACCUUCUCCCUCCCUCACCCACCCAUUGGUGGAAACUGUGUGUCUGUUAGGAGACGAUAUGUGUGUGACAUCAUCAGAACCUCCGGCACUGAACACUAUACCUGCCAUUAGUCGACCUUUAACUAUGUUAUUAUAACUAUGUCAUCUUUAAUCACCUUUGACCUUUCACCUGGCGACAGCCUCCCGUCGCUGCCGGUUGACGUCGGAGUCACGUCCUUUCCCCUGGAGGACAUUUCACCCCUGGCGACAGCCUCCCGUCGCUGCCGGUUGACGUCGGAGACACGUCCUUUCCCCUGGAGGA